UGUUGCUGCGCGAGUGCCUCAGUGAGCGGCAUGUUCCUGCGAAAUCUGUGCUUGCUGGUCGUGCUGUCUCGUGGGACUGUGUGUUACCCCAGCGGAGCGCCGGCUCAGGCCUGCGAUGACAUGAUGCCCCUUCAUGGUCCUGGCACCAUGCCGUCCACCGACAAGGGCAACCUUGACCUGUCUGCCACGCUCGACGACAAGCGAAUCGCCAAAGUGCUUUUGCUUGGGACCUUCAAGGGUUUCUUCAUCAAAGCAGUGAACAAAGACGGCGGCGCGGUAUCUGGAAAGUUCACCAUUGACAACCGUUUCAUGAAGGGAGUGGACUGCGAUGGCCACAAAGAUAGUGCCGUCACUCACAUGAACAACGACGGCAAAAGCUCUGUCGCGGUCGAGUGGACGGCUCCGGACAGCUUCACUGGAGAAGUAAUGUUCAGGGCCACCGUCGUGAGGACAAAGCCAGACUACUACGUUGGCUUGACGUCAUCGGCUGUGAAGAUACAGGCCCCGUCG